AUUAAACUUGAAAAAGAUAAGACUUAAGAGAGACGACGGAGCCGCAAAGUUGAAGGGUCAGAAAAUACGCAUCCAUUUCAAGAUUUGGAGCGAGCGAAUUCAAGCUUAGUACUAAACGAUGAUGAAGUCUGGUGGGCACACUUUAUUCGCUUCUAUUGCUCCUCCUCUUCAAUCGAUUGUGCUGAAAAACAAAUGUAGAUUUCCAACCAGUAGACUUCAUGGAAAAGACCCGUUUAAACCCAAGAACUUAUUUGCUUACAAUCAGAACCAUCUACUUGAUAUUAAAACUCCAAUCUUUGCUCCUCGGUUUCUUCCUCCUUAUUUCAGUGUUGCUCCAAUGAUGGAUUGGACAGAUAACCAUUACAGAACUCUCGCUCGGAUUAUCUCCAAGCAUGCUUGGCUGUACACGGAAAUGAUUGCUGCAGAUACAAUUGUUCAUCAGAAGGAUAAUUUGGACAGAUUCUUGGCAUAUUAUCCUGAGCAAAACCCUAUUGUGCUUCAGAUUGGUGGAAGUAAUAUUGAUAGUCUGUCAAAAGCAACUCAGCUAGCAGCUGAAUAUGGCUAUGAUGAGAUUAACCUGAACUGUGGAUGCCCUAGUCCAAAGGUGGCAGGGCAUGGUUGCUUUGGUGUGAGUCUGAUGCUUGAUCCGAAGUUUGUUGCCGAGGCUAUGUCAGUGAUUGCUUCGAAGUCGAAUGUUCCUGUGAGUGUCAAGUGCCGGAUUGGGGUUGAUGCUAAUGAUUCCUAUGAUGAGCUUUGUAAUUUUAUUUACAAGGUUUCUUCUGGAUCACCAACCAAGCAUUUCGUUAUACAUUCAAGAAAAGCAUUACUCAAUGGCAUCAGUCCUGCUGAUAAUCGAAAAAUACCUCCACUCAAAUAUGAAUACUUCUAUGGUCUACUGCGUGACUUCCCAGAACUGAGGUUUACCAUUAAUGGAGGCAUAAAUGGUGUUGAUGAGGUGAAUGCAGCCUUACACGAAGGAGCUCAUGGAGUUAUGAUUGGACGUGCAGCUUAUAACAACCCUUGGUAUGUCUUGGGACAUGUUGAUACUGCAGUUUAUGGUGCAUCUCCCUCUAACAUUACACGACGUCAGGUUCUGGAAAAGUAUGGAGUAUAUGCAGAUUCUGUUAUAGGCAAAUAUGGACAUAAACCAACCCUUCGGGAUGUUGUCAAGCCUCUUCUUGGACUUUUCCAUUCUGAGCCCGGGAAUGGCUUAUGGAAGCGGAAAGCUGACGCUGCUUUCAAACAUUGCACGACAUUCAAAUCAUUUAUUGAGGAGACUAUAGUAGCUAUUCCAGAGUCGGUUUUGGAUUCACCAAUUGGCGAGGCCCCAGCUGGCAGUGUAGAUACUUUUUCAAAGGCGAUAAAUGUUCUUCCAUCUCCGUAUGUUAUAGAAAGAGAACAAGAACUUCUGUAUGCUUAAUUGGAUUACUUUUGAAUUCUAGAAAACUGUAAUUACAAGCAGUUAGAGUUUCUCGUGAGAAAAUAGCUCAUGAUCAUCAGUAGACUAUUUGGAAAUGGGUAUUUAUUAUUAAUGUAUUUUGUGCUGAGCAAUGAAUGACAAUAAAAUCAUCUUUGUUCUUUA